GAUUUCCCGGAUGGGGGCUCAGUCCGCCCUCAUCGAGUCUUUCCAGACCGCAGGGGUCCGCGCUCUCGAGCUGCUGGCGCUGCGCCAAUCCCUGCUCUCGGCGGUGCCCCAGUGCCCCGCUGUCUCGCUGGCGUGCCCGCCCGCGAACGUCACGUGCCCCGUCCAGGUCUGCCCAGCGCUGGCCUGCCCCGCGCCAGCGUGCCCCGUGCCGCUGGUGAACCUCUCCUGCCCGCCUGCAGGAGUGGCGCUCGGGCCUGACGGGCUUGACGUGCCCUCGGCCUGCUGGGGGUACCUGGCGGGAGUCUCCGCGGGGCUCGGGCUCGGCGGUGCAGUCUGGCGGCGCGGCGGCCGUGCCGACGCCGAGUCGGCGGGAGUGGGAGAUCGAGCGCGGGAGCAGCUGCAGCUGAUCAGGCUCGUGACGGGGGUCUCGAUAGGGGAUCCAGGUCUCGUCAGCACGUAUUCGCCUGAUGGAGACCAUUAUGCAGAAUAUGCGACGUCGGACGACCUCAGAGAUGAGCGGUGGUCGGGGACGCAGGGCGCGACCCCGCCCGGGGUCAACCCGGCCCACGUCUACCGCUUCCGCCAGGUGCCGACGGCGGCGGAGGUCCAGCAGCUGAUCCGCGAGGGCUCGCUCCUCGUCGGGGGCGUGGCGCCGCCUGCUGCCGCUGCCCCCGCCGCCGCCGCGGCGCCCGCGGCGGGUCCUCCCGCGGCGGCCGCGCCCCAGGGAGCCAUCGUACCUCGCGGCGCUGGCGUGGUGGGAGGAGUCCCGCGCGCUGGGGCCGCGGCCGCCCCCGCAGCGGCUGGCACAGUGUGGCUGGCUAUCGAGGACUACCAGGGGAUGCGGCGCGGCGAGCAGAUGCCUGACCCGCUCCCGCAGGGCGCCGUCGUUCACGGAGACCUGGCGCUGGUGCCUCAUGCUGGGGGCUUCGUCGGAGCGCGCCAGGUGGCCAUGGCCGACGUGGACGCCUUCGUCGUGGACGACCUGCGCGUGCUGCCCGUGCGUUUCAACCAGCAGGGGGCGCGCCGCCGCCCAUGCAGCGAGGCCGUGGACAUGCAGAUCGUGGACGAGCCCGAGGGCGGCAUCAUGCUGCAGGGGCCUCGCACUACUGACUGGGUGCUGCGGUCGUAUCGUGAUGCCGGGCUCACGCCAGUCACUCAUCAUUCGAACUGGCUGAGGCGAAGGCUGGCUCACAGGCGGCAGACGGAGCAGUGUGCCAAUGAUGCCAUUGCGGGCCUCAACGCUCUCCAUCCUCCUUGCGAGCAGCGUGGGCCCAUCACGGCGGCUCAGCGACUCGCGACCGCCACCAUUUUGAACGAGGUCAGGAUGGCCCCGAAGUCUGACACUCACUUUUCUCGCCGUGGAGCCGCGAAGGAGCUCCUGGCCUCCAGCCUGUCCUACACCGCGGACGAGGCACCGAGUCCCGUGGUAAGGUACGUCAGAUCCCGAGUCGACAUCCCAGAAGUGGGUGCGGUCAUACCUCCUGUCGAGUCGGUGCUCGACGGGAUCGGGAGGAACUACGUGCUGGACUACGAGCAAGCGAUGAUGAAGACUCCCGACGAGUGGUCCCGCGUCUUGGAUAGCGAGCCGCCCGUCACUCCCUACAUGGACGAAGUUUUGAAGCGUGACCCUGUGGCGUACAACACCUUCAUCGGCGACCUGGUGAAGCUACCUGAUGAUCGUGAGGAGGACGGCAGCUUCAGCACCAAGUUCUUCUGUGCCCAGGCUGAUGUGCGCAACUACUUCUACGCUCUCGGCCUGAGGGAGGAGCUGGGACUGUUCUUCUCGCUGCCGCCGGUGUCACAGGCUUCGUUGUCGCAAUGGGGGGUUGAGGCAGUGGACACUCCCGAGGGCCCCUCAGGGGGCUGGGUCUGGCCGUUCCUGCGGGUCGUGCCGAUGGGCUGGAAGCAUGGCGUGCAGAUCCACGAGGUGGUUGAGGCCACCGACGUCUUCACCAGCCUCGGCCGCCUGAUCGACGGCGCGUCUGGGCGAGUUUUCUCACGGCCCGAGCGCUCCGAGCGCCUCCGCCAGGCCUCACUGUGGCUAGAGCAGCGCCCUAGAGUCACGGGGAGGGAGGUGGAGAGGUACGUGGGUCAUCUCAUUGAUCAUUUGAUGCUGAAGAGGGAGCUGCUCUCGAUCCUCAGGAGUUUGUAUGAUUUCGUCAGAGAUUGCUAUCACGUGCGAGCCCGUCUCUGGCCCUCAGCUGCCCGCGAAGUCGAGCAGUGCCGUCGCUUGCUGCCGCUGAUGUCUGCUAACCUUCGGCUUCAGUGGUCGCCGACUGUCUUCGCCUACGACGCUUGCCUGACGGGUAUGGCGACGUGCCAGACAACACUGUCAUCGGAUCUUGUCAAGCGCGUCGGGUCAGUCAGUGAGAGAUGGAGAUAUCGCAUGCCUUCGGCUAUCUCGGCACGCCGGUCAGCUCUGGGAGCCCGUUCUGGAUGCGACGAGGCCUCGGAGGGGCCGUUCGACGUCUUCAGCGACAUCGAGACCGUCAAGGCCCCCAGGAGUACCAGCAUGGACCUUGUGAAGGACCCCUGGGAGCUCAACCCGCAGUUCACAGAGGUGCCCGUCCAGGCUCUGCAAGGCCCCCAGUGGAAGCAGGUGGUCUCGGCCAGGGUUCACGUCAAGGUAUCUCGCCUGCCCCGCGCGGUGUCCGUCAAGCGCCCGGCUGCCAGCCCCAAGAUUGUGCAGAAGAGCUUCCUGAAGGGCAGGAGCUUCCUGGAGUGGAACGCGGUGGCGCCCGAGACCCAGGCAUACUACAAGGACGCCCUCGACGACUUCCAGACGUUCGUGGACCGCUUCGGGCCGCCGCUGCGCACCGCUGCUCAGGUCGACCUGGCGCUGAUGAACUACGCCGAUUACGCCUGGAGCAUCGGGCUCGAGAGAGCCGCCGUCCUGAAAACAUAUGCCGCGUACAUCUCGGCGCACCCCGAUUUUUCCCGAAAGGGGCCGCUCCGCCUGCCGCGUUUCUGUCGGGCCCCCCAGGGCUGGAAGCGCCUGGGCCCAGGCCAGACGCGCCCGCCUAUGCCCUGGCAGUUGGUCGCACUGGUCGCACUGGUGAUGGCCACGCAGCUGGGGUCCCCGCACGCGGCGCUCAUGGUGGUGACGAUGUUCUGGGUGUACCUCAGGCCCUCCGAGGCCGUCGGCCUGCGCGAGCAGGACCUCUUCCCCCGCUCGCGCGCGGACUACGGCUUCAACCUGCGCCCCAGCGCGAGGGGCGAGUGCAGCAAGACCAGCCUGUCGGACGAGAGCUUGCUCCUCGAUUCGGUCGAGGUGCCCUGGCUGGGCCCGCCGCUGGCGCGCGCGAGGUCGGGAGACCCGCAGGCGCCGCUGUUCCGUCUCACCGCCGCGCAGCUCGGCGUCCUGUGGCGCCAGUCGCUGGAGCGGGCCGAGGUGCCCACCAGGCGCGUGCCCUACCAGCUCCGCCACGGGGGCCCGUCGCACGAUCGCCUCAAGAGGUAUCGAUCCAUGGGCGAGAUCAAGAGGCGCGGGCGGUGGGCCAGCGACUACACGAUGAGGCGCUACGAGGCCCAUGCGCUGGCGCAGCAGGAGCUUGCGGCGCUCCCGGACGACGUCCGCCGCAGGGCCGAGGCGGCGCCCGCGAAGCUGCACGCCGAGCUCGAGAGGCUCCUGGCGCGGCCCCAGAGGCCGCGGACGGCCACGCCGUCGGCGCGGCUGCAGGCGGCGCCCGCGCCCAGCAUGCGCCGCCCCGCACCUUCUGCCAAGGUGCCGCAGCCCGCGCCCGUGCCAGGCCGUUCAUCGAGCUCAUGUGCGGCUCCGCCGCAUUUGCCAAGGCCGUCCACGCCGCCGGCUGGGCUUCGGAAGGCUGGGGCUACGCUGAUGACCCGCGAGCCGACCUUCUUGAUGAAUCCCUCAUCGACAGUCUGGCAUUGA